GCUGCAAGUACCCGGAUGGUGUACUCAUAACGGUCAAAAGGCUGAGUGUGCAACGCUGGACACUUUUCGCCCUCAACGGUAGCCAUCUUGACUACGAAGCGGAAGGGGAGGGACUAUCAACCCAAUUCAAACUUGCGAUAAUGGCGGCUGAUAUCGGGAGUAAUUUGCUGGAAGCGGUGGUGGAGCAGGACCUUACAGGUCCAUUCAGAUGGACGGACGAGGACACCAGGGCCCUCAUACUAUGGCGUGCUGCCAAUGUGUCCCUGUUUACAGGAAGAAGAAACGCAGCCAUCAAUGGAUACGAAAACUUCAUAUCUGAGAAAAGGCUGGGAGGGAAGGUGACCCCAGCCUUCUGCAAAAAAAAGUGGGAGAACUUAAAACAAAAGUUCAAGGAUCUGAAGUGCCCCAAAACUGGAGUCAGCACAGAGGGGGGUGAGGCCACUGCCGCUUCCUGGAAGUGGUACACAUUGAUGGAUGAGGCAAUUGGGGGCAGGCCAUCAGUGACACCGCCUGUCCUCAUUGCCUCAUCCACCCGGGAUGUGGCAGUGGCUUCACCCCCCUCUGUGGUGACCCCUGAACAGGCCAGUACCUCCAUGGCAUCCACCCCAAAGAGGCGGAGAGUGGAUGUCAUGGAGAUUUUUGCAGACAUGGAGAGGAAGGAGGAGCAGUUGGAGGCGGUGCUGCUAGACAUGCAGCGAGAGGAAAAGGAGAGAGAGGAGGCCAGGCUCAGAGAGAGGAACUUGGCAACUAUUUCAACGUAA